UUUUCCAGGGGACCUCAGAGCCGAUCAUGGCGACUCUCGGCGGCAGUCGUGGGGAUCGUCUCGGCAACUCGAAUCAACAAAGGUCUGCCCUUGUAUCUCCAGAGAAAGUUCGUGAACUUCUAAAUGACGGAGUGUCGUCGGCAGCUGUCGGAUCCAUCAGUGGACAAGGGGAUUUGAAAGGUCUGGAAGCAAAAAGCGACACCCGAGCACCUUGUGAGGCAACAAACAAAGAAGCCUUCUUCUCAAGAGUGGAAUCUUAUUCAUGUUUGAAAUGGGCAGGCAAACCUCGCACACUGUCCCCCUUGGUUUGCGCCAGAUAUGGCUGGAUCAACGUCGGCUGUGAUAUGCUCAAAUGCUCCACCUGCCAGGCUUUCCUCUGUGCAUCAUUACAACCAACUUUGGACAUUAAAAAAUAUGAAUCCCGCAUUGCAGAGCUAUUGGGGCAGCUUCAGACGCAGCAUGAGAGGUUUUGCCCGUGGCCUGACUUUCCAUGCCCAGAGCGUUUCUGGCUGGUUCCAGCCUGUGAACCACCAGCACUUCUCACCGACUUCUUAGAGCGCUUCCAGAGCGCCUGCCUGCUUGCACAUCAGCUGCCGGCCAUGAAGCCGGAGCAUCUGAAGUCUAUGGCACUGACUGAGGAUGUUGUCAGUGUUAUACUGCAGCUGAUAGAAGAGGAACAGAAAAAAAAGGGACAAACUCUAAGUACCGAACCUUUGGCUGUCCAGGUGGCUGCAUGUAUUGUUUCUCUGUGUGGCUGGGCUGCAAGCCCAACUCUGAAGGCCAUGAACCUACCCAUCCUCACCUGUUCGUACUGUAUGCGCAAGGUGGGCUUGUGGAACUUCUACCAGAUGGAGGGAAUGGCAGGAGUAGAAGAUGGAGAUGGAGAUGCCUCAUCAAACACUGGAGGCCCGUCUGCUCAGACAACAGUUGCAGCCUCAGCAGGUUCACACGAGGGCCAGGGGGACCAGCCUGCUUCUGCCUCGUCCACCCCUGCUACAACUCCUUCUCGCAUGAAGCUGAGGAGUCAGGACACCUCCCGCUCUGAACAGGGUGAGGGAACUUCCUCUCCUGUAGGUUUGCGUUCCCGGAGCAGAGACUCGCCAAGUCCCAAUGAAGAAAUGCCGAGUCCUUUGCCAAGGGCUAAAAGGCCAGCGGCACGCAGUAAAGGCCAAGGGGACAACCCCGGGGCUGAAGGUGCUUCCAGCCUGCAAAACCCUCCUAAACGGCUGUGCCUUUCAUCAGUUGCUGCUACUGAUUGGCUCCUGCACAAGAAUGCUUUUGACCCCCUCUCUCAGCACAGAGACUGGUGUCCCUGGGUCUCUGUGGGAAAGGAGAAUGUGGAUCCAGGGUCAAGCCCCUUUUUGGAUGGAGGAGCUGGGCUUCACCAGCAGGGCUGGAAGGCUGCUCUCAACCUCCUCGUGCCAAUGAAAAGGAACUCUAAUAUAUCAGAAGGCAGUCCGGCAGGGGCAAGUCAAGAACUCUGAAUUUUACAACAAAAAUAAUGCAUAGCAAUUAUGCUAGCAGAGCCUAUGCUAAUUCCUAAAUUCAUACGGUUAACUAUUGGAUAUUUAGCUCUUAUUUUGAGAGUUUCUGAUAAUUUUCUGUGCUCUCUUUUCUUCCAGGGCCCUCGUGACAAGUCUAAAAGGGUGUUUGCCAUAUUCCGUCAGUGGCAGGUAUCCACCCCUGCAUCUCAGUAGACUGUAUUCCAUCCAUGCAGCACUGGAACACUGAAACAAAUACCUGACAGGCCCUCUUCUUGUGGUACAGAGUCUAUAGUACCAAUGACAGGAUUGUCAUAUCAUUGUAUGCCAUCCGUUACAGUCGUGUUUACAGUCAGAGCUUUUCUGGUGGGAACAGAAGUUGAUUGUCUUUAAUGACUUCUCUGUAAACAUUGAAGUUCAUAAAGGAUGCCUGUGAGGUUUUAAACCAUUUCAAACUGGGAUGUGCAGACACUGCGGGGCUGAACAGGCCUUAUAUUAUGUGUACACGUUAGUGGUCAUCAAGUGAUUUUAACAUAUCUUGGCAUUACAUUGGCCACAAAGAAGGCCUCUUCUGUUAACCUCUCAUGAAGUCUGUGUCGAUAGUCCUCCAUCACAUCAUGAUAGUGUGGAUUUCUGUGGAUUAUUAGGAAGUACGAAUCCCAGAUGGUGAGACAGGGCCAAAUGGCUUGACACUGGAAAGGUGAUGUUUACCUUCUAUGUACAUUGAGUCAUUUGAGUAAACAUUAACCUGAGAUAAGAAAAAAAAAAAGCUGUGAGGAAGUUAUUUUUGUGUACUGUUAUGGAUUCUCUUUGAAUAGAACAGAAUCUUUUUGGAGUAUUGAAAUGUUUGUUUUCUUAUAGUCAGCGCUAAAAUCCUAUUUCUCACAGGCAGGGGGUAACGUGCCAUGAACUAAAACCUGUUUUAAACUAGAUUCAGAAUGUCUGGGCUUUUUGCCGUUCUCUGAUAUGUCUUUGCUAAUGCAGUCUUCUCUCUCUUGCAUGUGCUUAUAUCUAAGUAGAAUUUUACUAAGGGUUUAAUAAAAUGCUCUUCUCAAA